UCAACAGAUAAGAAAACCCAGAGAUUUUCAUUCAAGAAAGGAAGAAUUUGAGAGAGAGAAAAAGGGCAGAAAAAGAGGAAAGAAUAGUGGCGACGUUAAACGAAGAAGGAGAGGCUCGUAACGGUCGUCUCCAGUUGUUUUUUUCAUCAAUAUUGUCGAGUCUUGGAGGGGUUUUUGGACAGAUUAAUCUGCAAGAAGAAGAAGAAGAGGAAGAAGAUUUAGAUAUGGCUUCAAGAGCUGGCCUUCAAGAGCAGCAACCCAGAGGGGUAGCAGCAGGAAAGCAGAAGAAUUUACAGCCAGAAGGAAGGAACCGCCGUGUGCUGAGAGAUAUCGGCAAUCUUGUGCCAGCUCCUGCUGUAGAGGGGAAGCCCCAGAUUGCUCGACCUAUCACCAGGAGAUAUGGUGCACAGUUAAUGGUUAAUGGACAAAAGCAAGCAGAGAAGAACAACAAGGUGAAACCACUUGGGGAAGCAGCUGUAGCUCAGAAGAAAAACAAGGAGAAGCUGAAACCUGAAGCAGUAGUGGUUAUCAGCUCUGAUGAUGAAGAAGUUAACUGCAAAGAGCAAAUUCCCCUGCAUGCAAGGAGGGUGGGAGUAGUGUCUGCAAAGAAGACUGCAGGAAAGACUUAUACUUCAAUUCUCACAGCUCGAAGCAAGGCUGCUUGUGCACUUUCAAGAAAACCAGCGGAGGUAAUAGUAGACAUUGAUGCAAAUGACGUAAAUAAUGAAUUGGCAGCAGUUGAAUAUGUUGAGGAUAUGUACCAGUUCUACAAAGAAACAGAGCAGGAGGAUGGAAGAGUUUGUGACUACAUAGAUGCACAGCCUGAUAUCAGUGCUAAAAUGAGGGCUAUUCUUGUGGAUUGGUUGAUAGAAGUUCACAGGAAAUUUGAACUGAUGCCAGAGAGUCUCUAUCUGACAGUCAAUAUAGUCGACCGGUUUCUCUCAAUGAAGGCUAUUCCAAGGAAGGAGCUUCAGUUGGUUGGCAUGGGUUCAAUGCUUAUUGCAUGCAAGUAUGAAGAAAUUUGGGCGCCAGAGGUCAAUGAUUUCAUUGCUGUAUCGGACAAUGCUUAUGCGAGAGACCAGCUGCUUUUCAUGGAGAAAGCAAUUCUUGGAAAGCUCGAGUGGUAUUUGACAGUUCCAACACCAUACGUGUUUCUGGCUCGGUACAUAAAGGCUUCUGUUCCAUCUGACCCUGAGAUUGAGCAUAUGGCCUAUUUCCUUGCUGAACUUGGCCUGGUGAACUAUGAAACCACCAUACACUACUGCCCUUCAAAGCUUGCAGCCUCUGCAGUUUAUGCUGCACGCUGCACUCUCAAGAAGACACCCUUAUGGACUGAGACUUUAAAGCACUACACUGGCUACUCUGAAGAUCAGAUAAUGGACUGCGCAAAGCUCUUGGUCAGCUUCCACUCUGGUGCAGCAGAAAACAAGCUCAAGGCAUCUUACAGGAAGUAUUGCAAUCCAGAUAGAGGAGCUGUUGCUCUGUACCCCGCAGCAAAAACUCUACCCCCACAAGAAGCAGCAUCAUUGUCAUCUUGAAUUUCUUCUUGUAGGAGCAAACCAGCACAUUUUAGUGGUUAAUUUCGAGAUCAUUAGUCUGCAAUGAUCCUCUCUCAGGCCUUUUGAACCCUCCCUCGUGUACUUUAAAACUGAAAUCACCUUUGUCUUGGUUUGAUUUACUACUAGUAAAAUCAUUUGUAUAUCAGAAACGGCAUUUGUUGAUUCCAUUUGAUGACAUGUGUUCUUCAAUGCAAGUAGAAGAGUAAUUUCAGUUUGAAAUUUUGGA